AUGGAACGUUUAAUGCUAAAGGCCGACGUAUUCGAGCCAGAGGACGCGACCAUGGCCAGAUUUCUAAGUGGUCUGAAUCGUGACUUGCAGGACCGAAUGGAGCUACAGGAGUAUAACGAUAUGGCCGAGAUGCUACACAAGGCGAUUUUAGUGGAGCAACAACUCAAACGGAAGGGAACUAAUCGAUUUACCCCUGGAGCCAGUUCGCGACCGAACUACCGAGACGACAAGGCAACCUACCCCUCACGAUCUAACACUCAACCGAGGACGGACGCAAAACCGAACCAGAACACAGGCAAGACCGAGGCCAGCUCAUCCAGGACGCGAGACAUCGAGUGCUUCAAGUGUCGGGGAAAGGGACACUACGCCAAUAAAUGUCCGAAUCAGAUGGCUAUGCUUAUGCUCGACACCGGAGAGAUCAUAUCCGAUCACGAGGAGGAAACCGAGCUGGUCUACGAUGAAGAAGAGACCGAGGAGCGAGCUGUGUCCGGAGAGUUACUUGUAGCUCGGCGUGUUCUCAUAGCACAAGAACGGACCAAGGAGGAAGACCAGAGGAAAAAUUUGUUCCACACCCGGUGCCUGGUCCAAGGAAAGGUGUGCAGCCUGAUUAUUGACGGAGGGAGCUGCACCAACGUGGCUAGCACUAGUAUGGUUGACAAGUUGGGAUUGGAAACCCGUAAACACCCUCAUCCUUACAACCUACGGUGGCUUAACAACCAGAGGCAACUCAAGGUCACCAAGCAGGUCACCGUGCCAAUCAUCAUUGGACGAUAUGAGGACGAGGUCAUUUGUGACGUUCUACCUAUGGAGGCCGGUCAUCUACUUCUAGGACGGCCAUGGCAGUUCGACAAGAAGGCGAUCCAUAAUGGGUUCUCAAACAGGCAUUCCUUUGAGCACCAAGGUCGCAAGAUCGUCUUAGCACCCUUGUCACCACAUGAAGUCUAUCUCGAUCAAGUUAAGAUAGAGCAGAACUCUAAGGGUAAAGGUAUUAUGAGCGAAUCCCAAAACACUUCACUUCAAAAGAGAGAGUCUGAGAAAAACCUAGAAAUGGCCUAUGAGGGAAAUCCCGACUUUGCUGAUGUCUUCCCGGAAGACGACCCAGGUGGCUUACCACCCCUUCGAGGAAUUGAGCACCAGAUCGACUUCGUGCCCGGAGCUACCCUUCCUAACCGACCCGCCUACCGUACUAAUCCAGUCGAAACCAAGGAGCUUCAAAGACAGGUGGAUGAACUUCUGGCCAAGGGUUACAUUCGCGAGAGCAUGAGUCCAUGUGCCGUACCGGUCUUACUCGUGCCCAAGAAGGAUGAAACUUGGAGGAUGUGUGUUGACUGCCGAGCCAUCAACAACAUAACGGUUAAGUAUCGCCAUCCUAUACCUAGGCUAGACGAUAUGUUAGAAUAG